UACACCGAGAGAGAACGGUGGACUCCAUUGCUGUCCCGAGUGUGUUUCUCGUCGGCCGUGUCGUAUUGCGUGUCUGUCCGCGCUUUCGUGCACACGAGUUUUCAUUACCCCACGUUGCUCGGGUAAUUGUGAACAGUAUAUCCAUUUGUGUCCAGUGCCCAAGCGAUAUUUGAAAUCCUCGAGCUUACCCGAAACGUAAAAACGAGCCACAAUGGCUGAUCAACUCACAGAAGAACAGAUCGCAGAAUUCAAGGAAGCGUUUUCGCUAUUUGACAAAGAUGGAGAUGGUACCAUUACAACCAAAGAGUUGGGUACAGUUAUGCGAUCGCUAGGUCAAAACCCUACAGAAGCUGAGCUUCAGGAUAUGAUCAAUGAAGUUGAUGCAGAUGGUAAUGGCACAAUCGAUUUCCCGGAGUUCUUAACCAUGAUGGCUCGCAAAAUGAAGGACACUGACAGUGAGGAGGAAAUUAGGGAGGCCUUCAGAGUAUUUGAUAAGGAUGGAAAUGGUUUCAUAUCUGCAGCGGAACUCAGACAUGUUAUGACAAAUCUUGGCGAGAAACUAACCGACGAGGAAGUAGAUGAAAUGAUUCGGGAGGCUGACAUUGAUGGUGAUGGCCAAGUUAAUUAUGAAGAAUUCGUCACAAUGAUGACAUCAAAGUGAAUGCAACCUGUGUAAUGGAAAAACUUGCAACUCGGAGUGGUGUUGACGUACUAAAAUAAAUCAAGAAAGAAAGAAAAAAUAAUGUUAACAAAACGCGAAUCGACCAGAAAGUGAAAAAAUCUUGUAUCUGGACGCCAUGAUGUCUAUAAAAAUGCGAAAAAGUCUACGUCCAACACGCGUUAAUCAUCAUUAACGAUAAGUAAUACGGGCAAUUGUUUAAUUAAACAAAAAGUUAUACCACUAAAAAUCAUUAUCUUUAAAUACACAAAAUACUUAACCAUACCACAUACAUUUACACAACAUGAACAGAAAUAGUACAUAUUACAUGCGCAUAUAUACGGACACAACAGAGAAGUAUACAGACCACAUACAAUAUACACACAUACAGAAAAAGAUUUAUUUCCGUAUAAAAAGAGUAUAAUUAAAAAAUCGUUAGAUAUAUAUAUAUGUAUAAAAAAACAGACGCGCGCAUGUUUGUUGAUGAUAAAAGUAAAAUAAGUAUGUUCUCUUUACUUUCCUCUCUUUUUAGCCUUUUCCUGUUUCUUCUAUGCAAGCUCGUGCAAAAUUUCAUUAUGAAUUCUGCAGCUUUUGAAUGUGCUAAGAAAACAAAAAAGCAGAAAACUUUCUCUCGGUAAAGCAGGAAAGAGAGAGAGGAAAAGUACUGGAAGAAAGAAAAGAUAUUUACAGCUACUUGUAGUGCAGCAUGACUAAAAGUUCAUUAAUUUAUCGAUUGAGACACAACAAAAAAAAACUGAAGACUCAUUCUGUUUCGAUUCUCGAUCAGGGGAAUGUACUUACUCGAUAAAGCGUCAUUGAUAUAGCAUACGUCGUAGCGAAAAAUUUUUAUCAAUAACGUACAUGUUUAGCGUUUGUUUCGUUUCACCAAAGAAAAUUCGGAUCGGACAUCGUUUACCAGAGCUCGAAAAAAACAACAGUUUCGACCUUUGGCUUAUCGAUGACUCCGUACAUGCUGGAUUCCUUGUUGCGCCAUAAACGGUAUAAUUUAAUUCUUUUAAUAACUGAGAAAAAGUGUACGAGGAUAACGAUUUAAAAAAAAGAGAAAAAACGAAAAAUGAAGAAACCUCGAGAAACUCUAAUAGACGUAGCUUUACUCUCUCGGAUCUACGUUCUACGAAUCGAGUCCUAUCGAAGUCUCGACAUUCCUAGUGAUAAAUUUUCUCUAUGCUUUUUCGACUUCGUUAUAUGCCCUCAGUCUAUAUAUAUAUAUAUGCAUACAUAUAUAGAAAAACAUAUGAAACGCAUUAUAAACGCAGGAAAAAACAUACAAACACACACACACUCACACGAAACAUACAUUUCACCAAGUGCGUCGUUCUGUAAUCCAAUUUUCAUUCUAAUCUCUCGUUUGUAUCUUGUCUCCACUGGAAAAAAAGCCUUAAAGAAACGCGCGCGCGUUUACACGCAACGUCGACACCACUUUUGUUGAAAUAUUUAAAGAAAAAAAAAAUGAAACAACGGAGAAAUAAGGAUGAAGGAUUGAAAUGGCGUCAAGUCACAGUGAUCGGUGCAUUAUAUUUUCCUUCGCCCAGGGGUGCGUGCCAGUCGUCUCGUAAGCGGAGAAACUAGAACCGGAGAAACUGGUGUGAUUUUGUGCGAUUCGUACGAUAAUGUUACUUAAGAACUAAGAGUAAUGAACAGACACCGAACGGUGAAAACACAUGCGUGUGUCGUCGGUGGUUCAGUCAUAAUAUAUAUGUAAUAUAUAUUAUAUAUACA